GUGAGAGAGAAAGGGAAAAUUGAUUGUGUUGGUUGUAUUGUAACAUCAUCUUAUCUCUCAUUUAUGAGUUAUGCGGGAAUGGGAAGGAUGUGGUAGCUGAAGCGAAGCAGUUUGUCAUUGGACCAUAGCCACUCGAUUAAUAAAAUCAAAGUAUAGAUUGUCCUGUUUCUGCUGCAAUGGACCUGGCUUUUCAUUCAGCUUCGUAUCCACCGUCUCUGUCUCCCACUUCCACAGCCAGAAGACCCAAUUUCAAUGUUAGCAACAAAACUUUCACUGUUAGGAACUUCUCCUUGCCCUCUGCUCUGGCGUAUGAUUCUGAAUUAGAGAGCAAAAAGCAUUUACUUCUGAGCUCUGUUCAAGACACGCAAAGGGGUCUCUUAACAACUCCCGAUCAACGCUCUUCUAUUGAGGAGGCUCUGGUGAAUGUGGAAGGCCGCAACAUGGGUCACCCAAUCAAUCUGGCCAAGUUGGAUGGAACAUGGCGCCUCCAGUACACUUCUGCCCCCGAUGUUCUCAUCCUUCUCCAAGCUGCUGCUACACUUCCUUUCUUUCAAGUUGGACAGAUCUUUCAAAAAUUUGAAUGUCGUGAUCAAUCUAAUGGAGGUAUUAUCCGCAAUGUUGUUCGAUGGAGUAUUCCAAAUUUGUUAGAGGAACAAGAAGGUGCUACACUACUUGUAUCCGCCAAGUUUAAUGUAGUAUCUGUCCGUAAUAUAUACCUUCAGUUUCAAGAGAUCACAGUUCAAGAUAUAAAUAUUAGUGAAGAGCUGCAGGCUUUAAUAGCUCCAGCAAUACUACCUCGAUCUUUUAUAAGUCUUCAGAUUUUACAAUUUCUCCGCACUUUCAAAGCUCAAAUCCCUGUGAGAGAUCCAGGAAGGGAAUCGGUGGGAGGACUAUAUUACCUUAGUUAUUUGGAUGAUAAUAUGCUUUUGGGUCGUGCAGUUGGUGGAGGAGGGGUAUUUGUGUUUACCAGAGCCCAAUCUCUCUACUGAUUAGCGUUCUCAAAACUUGUACUGUUUGCCGGCCAUAGCACUUAAUGAGCUUUUGUGAAUGGAAGUGGACUCACUUAGAGCGAGAAAUUGAUCAGAGUUCUGGUUACUAAAGAAGGCUAUUAUAUAGGCUAUUAUAUCCAGUUGUUGUGUUGUUUUAAUUUGAACUUCUUUUUUGUUUAUGUAUAUUUGCACUGUUCCUAUUGAAUUCGUCAUAUAUUGGCAAAGUAAGAUGGUGAGUUUUGGUUGGUUGUAGAAGUGGAGAUGUUAAUAUAAGUUAUACAUAAGUUGUACAACUUGAGACGAGUCUUGUAAUCAUUUUACGCUGCAAAAGAUGGAUAGUAUUAUAUCUUGUUUGUUUUA